GAUCUUGGCCGUGGGUUCGAUUAUAUACGUUAAACUCUGGACGAGAUAUCUGGUGUAAAGUACUUCAACGUUUAAAAAUUUACUGAAGAAUUUAUUAACUAAAAUUAAAGAUUUUAGAGUACAAUAAUUGCUUUUUAAAAUAUGUUCGGUCAGAUAUCAUUAGUUGGAUUUUGUCUAAUAGUAGUUGCCUCUAUUUUUAAUGCGAAUAGUCAUCAAGUUUCUAAAUCUACUGAAGUUUUGACAAAAGUAUUACUGAAGGCUACCCUUGAAGAUCGUUCCAAUUAUGCUACAGCCCCUUUGUGUGCUUCAGUAAUUUUGGGGUUAUUAGCUGAAGGAGCUGAUUCUAUAAACAGAAAAGAAAUCCUUGAAGCCAUUGGUGUUAAUGAAUUAGAAAAAGAAGCAUACAAAAAAAUCCUUACAUCAGUUAAGGAAAUUCCUUCAUACGGCUCGUCGCAUGUGUCUAUCAAAAACUUUAUGUAUGUAUACAAAAAUUAUAGUAUAUCCAAGUCAUUCUCUGAAUUAGCAGAAGAGUAUUAUUUGACCAGCGUAAAAAGUGUAGAAAGACCAGAUUUAAUGGCUCGUAAUAUUCUACCAAAAGAAGAUACUUCAGUCUUCAAACAACAUGCCAUGCUUAUAUUCAAUGGGUUCUCAUUUGAUAUGAAUUGGCCAAUAACUUCAUUUCAUAAGACAUCAGUAUCAUGGGAUGGAAAUGUAGUCAAAGCAUUUGGAGCUGCAGGCAAUUUUGAAAUUGGCUACGUACCAGAAAUCGAUAGUACAGCCUUUAAAUUACCAUACAGAAACACGGAUUACAACUUGUUAAUACUUUUACCCAAAACUAAGUAUACGUUAGAUGACGUAUUGAAAAAUUUACCAGAAAACUUGAUACCAGACAUCACAAAAACAUUGACUUCGAAACCAGCAUUUGUCACGUUGCCUUGUUUUGAAAACAACAAUAUAACUUCUUUUAAAUCAGUUUUACAAAAGAAUACUGGUUUGAAAAACAUUUUUACUGAAUCAAUGGAUUUUUCUAAAAUAUCUACAGACAAAUUAUACCUGGAUGAUAUGGUUCAACAAGCAGGAAUGAAUUUAUGUAUUGAUCGAUCAUCAGCUUAUUCUUUAACUAGCUCAGCAUUAGCAGCACAAAGAGUUAUAAAAGAAUCUAUUGUUGUUGACAAACCCUUCGUCUUCAUUUUAUAUGAUGAACCUAAUAACAUUAUACUUGUUGCUGGAAAAGUAGAACAGCCCUUUUAUGAGGAGGAUAAUAUAGACAAAAAUUCUGAUAGUGAAAAAAACUAAGAAUAAAUAAAAAUUAGAAUUACUAGAAUUAAAUAUGGAAAAAACAUAAUUUAUUAAUUUAUUAUACUAAAAAUAUAUUACAAAAUUUACAAAAUUA